GUGUGACGGUGGCAGAUUGAGCACAGGGAUGUGAGUGGACCAGUAAAGAUGACCCUGUUGGCGGGUGAUGGCUCCGACUAUGACUACAGUGCCCUGAGCUGUGCCUCUGAUUCCUCCUUCAACCCACCUCCCCUAUACGAGGAGGAGCCUCAAAAGGGAGCCUUCUACAAGCGGGCGCAGCGUGCCCCUGAACUCAGCUCCAUCCACGGGGACACGCUACUGUCCAGCGCCCGUAAACUCCACGCCAUCAUCAACGUGGGUGGCCUGCGUUACCAGCUGCCCUGGACCACCUUGGAGGACUUCCCCCUGUCUCGCCUGGGUCAGCUGCACCUCUGCAGCAGCUUUGACGAGAUCAUGUGCAUCUGUGAUGACUACGAUGUUACACACAAUGAGUUCUUCUUCGACCGCAGCCCCUGCGCCUUCCGUACCAUCCUGACCUUCCUGCGGGCGGGCAAGCUGCGGUCCCUCAGGGAGAUGUGUGCCCUCUCCUUCAGGGAGGAGCUGCUCUACUGGGGGGUCCCUGAGGAGAGCCUGGAGUGGUGCUGUCGCCGGCGUCUGCUGCAGCGCGUGGAGGAGUUAGAGGCGAUGGAGAGAGCGGAGGAGGAGGAGGAACUCCUGGAGGAUCAGUUGGAUUCAGACAGUGGACACAGGGAGCACGCAGAAGAGUCCAGGCUCAAUCGGUGCAUGGGCAAGCUCAGAGACAUGGUGGAGAGGCCUCACUCAGGCCUGCCAGGGAAGAUCUUUGCUUGUUUGUCAGUGCUGUUUGUCACCAUCACUGCAGUCAACCUAUCCAUCAGCACCAUGCCUGCCAUGAGGGAAGAGGAGGAGGCGGGCAAAUGUUCCCAGAUGUGCUACAACAUCUUCAUAGUGGAGACGGUGUGCGUGGCCUGGUUCUCCCUGGAGUUCACCCUGCGCUUCAUCCAAGACCGCAGCAAGCUGGCCUUCCUCAGGCAUCCCCUGAACCUGAUCGAUGUGGUCGCCAUCCUGCCGUACUACAUCACCUUGGUGGUGGACAGCACCUCCACAGGGGAGAAGCGGCUGGGCUCCGGCAACAGCUACUUGGACAAAGUGGGCUUGGUGCUGCGCGUCCUGCGAGCCCUGCGCAUCCUCUAUGUGAUGCGGCUGGCUCGCCAUUCGCUGGGCCUGCAGACUCUGGGCCUGACAGCACGCCGCUGCACACGGGAGUUUGGACUCCUCCUGCUCUUCCUAUGUGUGGCCAUCGCACUGUAUUCCCCCUUGCUGUACUUGAUCGAAAAUGAAAUGGCCGUCACGCAGGAGUUCACCAGCAUCCCCGCUACCUACUGGUGGGCUGUCAUCACUAUGACGACAGUGGGCUAUGGGGACAUGGUGCCGAGGAGCAUCCCAGGCCAGGUGGUGGCUUUGAGCAGCAUCCUGAGCGGGAUCCUCCUCAUGGCCUUCCCCGUCACCUCCAUCUUCCACACGUUCUCGCGGUCCUACGUAGAGCUGAAGCAGGAGCAGCAGAGGCUGCUGCAGAGGAGGACACACUUCCUGCUGCGGGGCCGCAUGGCCGGCCUGGGCAGCGGCCUCUCCUUAGAGAGUGACAUGCUCUACCCUACAGGGUCGUCUGACACCAGAGACAUGAAAGACUGAGACUGUUGGACAGAAUGGGACAUCAUAAGUGGGAGUGGGACAGAAAGAGAAGAAGAGGGAGGCUACAAAAGAGAGGCGAAAAAAGGGGUUAAAAAAAGGAUGAAGGAAUAUAAAUAGAAGGGUGGAGGGAGAAGUCUCUAUGGACGAGAUACAUUUUGUUUUCUUCCCAGAAAUGCAGCCGUGCUGUGUAGCAGUGUACUUUUGGAUAAACAUGAAACACACAGAGAGGAUGAGAGGAUGAGAGGAUUAAGUAAAUGUGUCCAUCAAAUGAUAUAACAUGCAUUUUACAAUGGUCACAGAAUAUGAAAUAGAAGUUUACAGAAAAGAAUACACAAAGAAACCUUGAAGCACUCGAGCAAAACAAAGACUUGCAGUAUAACAACAGUCCUAUUUUAGAAUACAUUGUAUGUGAAAUAUGUAUUUGACUGAAAAGAAUGGCGUCUUUAUGAGCCAACAACAUACAGCAGUGAUGUUUUUCAUCUCUGAUGUGCCCAGAUGUUUUAGUGGAUUUAAUGGAUUUGUUGAAGUCAUGUGCUCCUGGGAGUUCACCAGUGUCACUUAAUGGAAGAGGCUCUGCUUGUUAAAUCCCAAAGGUUAAAUACUAAAACGGGACUCUUAGUCCACUGAUUAUUUCUAAAUGUCCCUCUAUAUUUCCCCCCUUCUGGCACUGCUCACAUCCACAUGUUAGUUAUGAUGUAUUAAUUGUCCUUCUUCAACUCCCUGAGGAUAUGCAAUUUAAAAAAAACGUUUGGACAUUGAAGAUAGCAUUGUUGUGCUUGUAAUUACUGCAGUUGCUGUCCAUAGCUGUUUAUAAUUAUUAUUUCUCUCCUUAAAGUGGAUUUGAAUG